CAGAAAUGACGCCAUAAAUCCCCCAACCUUCCUAUAUAUACCCCUUUUCAGAACAAGCAAUAACAUCAGAAGCUCAAACUCACAAAAGAACAACAUGGGCUGGAGCUUUAGUUUAUUUCCCUGGUUGGCUGCCCUAAGCGCAUUAUUUCUGUUGACUAAGUUCCUGCUAAAAUCCAGGAAGCCUUAUUCCAAACUCCUCCCUCCAGGCCCGCCCGCCCUGCCGCUGGUGGGCAACAUUUUCGAUCUGGGCGAGAUACCCCACCAAACUUUUUACCAGCUUCAGGCCAAGUACGGACCAGUCAUAUGGCUAAAACUCGGAGCAGUCAAUACCAUGGUGGUGCAAUCAGCAGAAACAGCUACUGAACUUUUCAAGAAGUGCGACCUCCCUUUUGCUGACAGGAAAGCGCCCGACUCCCUGACCGCCCUGGACUACCACCAGGGCUCCGUCGCCAUCGGAGCUUACCGUGAGUACUGGCGGACGCUGCGUCGUAUUUGCAUGACAGAGUUCCUCGUUCACAAACGGGUGGAUGCAUCGAUUCCUAUCAGGCGGAAUUGCUUAGAGAAAACAAUUAAAUGGAUAAAGGAGGAUGUGGAGAAAUCUAAGAAGAAUGGAGGAUCCGGGGAGAUUCAGCUGGACAGGUUCCUUUUUCUUAACUCUUUUAACAUAAUUGGAAAUCUUAUGCUGUCCAGGGAAGUGAUGGAGUCGAAGCUUGACAAAGCUGGGGAGUUCUUCGAUGCGUUUGUGCUGUUCUUGGAAUGGUGUGGGAAGCCAAACAUGGCUGAUUCCUUCCAGUUCUUGAAAUGGGCCGACCCGCAAAGGAUCCGGAAAAAUACUGAGAAGUAUUUGGAGAGAUUGCUGGGAUUUGCGUCCGAGAUUGUGAAGGAGAGGAUUCAGGAGAAGCAGUCAGGGAAAGUAAAGGAAAGAAACGAUUUCUUGGACGCGUUGCUGGAUGAAGAAGAUGACAUAAAGGCAGAGGGCGCUGAUAAACUCUCAGUCAAGAACGUUACCAUUGUCUUACUGGAAAUGUUUUUUGGCGGAACAGAGACGACGAGCGGCACCAUCGAGUGGGGAAUGGCUGAAUUACUGCGCCAUCCAAGCUCAAUGAAGAAGAUCCAAGAGGAAAUCGACCGGGUUGUCGGGCGUAGCCGGAUGGUGGAAGAGAGCGACCUAAACAAACUGCCGUAUUUGCAGGCAACCGUGAAGGAAAUACUGCGAUUGUACCCGCCGCUACAGAUGCUGCUUCCACGGAAGGCAAUGGAAGACACAGAGUUCAUGGGCUACGUCGUGCCCAAGAACACCCAAAUCUUAGUGAAUGCAUGGGCAAUUCAUAGGGAUCCGGCUGCAUGGUCGGACCCACUUUCCUUCAAACCCGAGAGGUUCCUGGAAUCUGAUAUUGAUUACAAGGGCCAGCAUUUUCAGAUGAUCCCAUUCGGGUCUGGGCGACGGAGCUGUUUGGGCAUGACAUUGGGGCACAGAAUGGUGUGUCUGAGUCUUGCGACUUUGGUACACGCUUUUGAGUGGAAGCUUGGAGAUGGAUUGACCCCGGAGACAUUGGAUAUGAAAGAAAUGGUGGGUUUGACUUUGCGCAAGAAGGUUCCUUUGAAAGUGAUUCCCACUCCCCGGGAAUAAUCCACUGCGUAUGCACCGUCUGCUGGCCUCAAAAUUACUAUCAGAUCUCAUCUAAUCAUACGUCCGGUGUGAUUCACUUAACUACAGUUGCAUAGAUUUUAUAGUUCGCUUAAGCUUUAGGUUUCUAAUAAAUGAUGUUCUUGUAUUGUAUAUGUAUUUAGUUUUUGAUCAUAUGAACUUUGGUAUCUAAUCA